GCGUCACACUGCACUGCACCUGCAAGAAACUUUCACGGAGCUGGAGUCGAUGUACAGGAAAUGGUAGAGUGUGUGUGAGAUACUACCAAACAAUGUUCAUAACGUUGUGUAUUGCAGAUCGGCUGUGUAUAUAUGCGGUCUGUUUACGGACUAUACUCUCUAAAAAAUUGAGAAUUCCAGCUAGCGUUCAAGAUGGAGAAAUACAUACUUUGAUUUUUAGUGAGAUCAUGACACGAGAGGUUGAUGUCGAUAUAGAUAUAAAGAAAGCUGGAAGGCAUUAAGGCAGUCUUCACCGGUGCAAUGGGUGGAUCACUGGGUCUAAAAAUGACAUCUUGUUCAGGUUUCCUCCUGCUCCUCCUCCUCCUAAGCCCUGCCCUCCAUGCCCAGCUGUCCGUCAACUUCUCCAUCACCACAGGCAACGACUGCACCCGCCCUGCUGUCUGCACGCCACUCCCAGCCAACAUGACGCGGCAGUGCCUUGGCACAGAUUUCUCCCACACCCACAUUUCCCUGUCCCUGGCCAACGACUCCGUCACCAUCCAGGAGGUGAACGAGAAACUCGUCAUGUGGAAGGGGCUCAGGAACGUUCCAAAGUGUUGGGAGGUGGUGCAGCCGCUGCUCUGCGCCGUCUACAUGCCAAAGUGCGAGGAUGGGCGGGUGGAGUUGCCCAGCUAUGAUAUGUGCAACGUCGUCCAGUCCCCCUGCAGGAUCGUGGAACUGGAAAGAGGAUGGCCACAUUUCUUGCAGUGCAACGAAGAGCACAUGCCUAGAGAUUGCAGUGAACCAAACACCUACAAGGCAGUGACAUUUAACUUAACAGGCGGAUGUGAGCCCCCACUGGUGGAGACAGACAAUGAGAAGAGUUGGUACGAAAAUGUGGAGGGGUGCGGUAUCCAAUGUAAGAACCCCCUCUACACUGAAGAGGAUCACCAUAAGGUGCACAUCUUCAUAGCAGUAUUUGCUGGCCUGUGUGUUGUCUGCACGCUCUUCACUUUGUGCACUUUCUUUGCUGACUGGAAGAAUUCCAGCAAGUAUCCAGCGGUGAUCCUGUUCUACAUGAAUGGAUGUUUCUUCUUAGGUAGCAUUGGUUUUCUAGCCCAGUUCUCCGACGGUGCCAGGGAAGAUAUAGUGUGCCGCCAUGACGGCACCAUGAGACUGGCUGAACCGAGUGAGGGGGAGAAUCUGUCGUGCGUGAUCGUGUUCGUCAUCGUCUACUACUUCAUCCUGGCUGGCGUGUUCUGGUUCGUUAUGCUGGCCUACUCCUGGCACCUGUCCUUUAGAGCUCUAGGAACACCUAAGGAUCCCCUGCAGGGGAAACCAGCCUACUUCCACCUCAUAUCAUGGACCAUGCCGUUUGUCUUGGUGGUCAUCAUACUAGCUAUUAAUCAGGUGGAUGGUGAUUCUGUUGCAGGUAUAUGUUUUGUUGGUUACCAGAAUCACUAUUACAGAGCAGGCUUUGUGCUAUCACCCAUUGGGCUGUGCUUGGUGUCUGGAGGGUUCUAUCUUGUACAGGGUUUAGUAACAUUGUGCACAAUAGACAAAGAGAAUCCAGGUUUAUUGAGCGAUAAAGCUUCCACCAAAAUCAAAGGAACUAUAGCCAGGAUAGGUGUUUUUGCCGGUUUGGCGUUCGGCUUUGUGUUCAUUACGUUUGCCUGUCAUCUGUAUGAGUUCACCAAUCAGGCCCAAUGGGAGAAAGGCUUUCAAGACUACUUGGUGUGUGAAGCAAACGUUACCUUGGAGAGCCAGCUAGUGGAUGAUGUGAACACAUUGCCGACCUGUGCCCUGAAGACCAGGCCUAACCUUACCAUCGUCAUGGUCCAUCUCUUUUCAAUGUUUGGGGCUGGGAUCGCCAUGAGCAUGUGGGUCUGGACCCCCGCCACACUGGCUAUCUGGAAGAGAAUGUGGAGAAAGGUCACAAGGCAGCCCAUAAAUGAACCAGUCAAGUUGAAGAAAAGCAAGAUGAUCGCCAAAGCCUUUGCCAAGAAACGAGACAAGGGCAACGACGAUGAGGAAGACAGACUCUCACUCAGUUUUGAGUCUGUAUCCCAUGAUGAUGCGAUAGGUAUGAAAUUGGACUUACCACCUUCUAGUGUGGUCGGUGACGACCCAACUUCAUCUUCUUCAUGGGGUAAUAACGUACCUGUUCGUAUGCUGGCCAGGAGGGGAGCUGCAUACCCCAUCGCCACCAUUGGCAGUUCACCACGAGCAACUCCAGAUUCCUCAGACAGUGGCAGGCCACUUACAAGAGGCAGAACGACCUUAGAGACAGAGGCAGUCAUCGAGCCUCCGCCACGAAACAACAGACGAACCCAGUCUUCAAGGUCCAGGAGACAGGGCGGGGCAUCAUCCUCAAGAAAGCACCGUCUGCGCAACAUGCACCACCCAGGCCGACUUGAGACGCCUCUCGAUGAUGCCUUCUCUGAUGCAGAAGACUGCAUGGAGCUUCCAGAGGCCCCUGGCAUGGUUGGGGACAGUGUCAACAUGGUGCAAGGAGGGGCGUGGGGUCACAAGGGGAGAUCGUUGUCCACAAUUCCUGUGCUGCCAGCCAUACAGCAAAAGAAGAGAGUGUCCAUCAUGCAGCAGCCAACCAUGUUUGAAAUGCCUGGAGAGAGUGGGAUUGAGCAUGCCCUUUAACCUUCUAUGCCAACACUUUCUGACUCGACUAAAAUGCUGAAGUAGUUUAAUCCUGUUCCAUCUUCAGUUUAGCAUAAUUCAGGAGCAGAAGAUGGCUUUUGAUCCCUUGGCUUGGUCAACAUUUGGCUAACAAUUUUGCAAUUCACUGUACCGGUAUGUUUUAGGGUAUACCCUGUACCAGGAUCAAUUUGGCCUGAUUUGGAACAGAUUGAAUGCUUUUUUAAUCUCCUGCAUGUAGUUUGGCCAAACACUCGACUUACACUUUUUGGCUCCACUGUGUCUGUGUUUUAGGGCCAGUCAUUUUUGUCUGAUUGGAAAAGCAGAACAUGCCCUGUAGAAUGUGGACUUUGGUCCCCCAGCCUGGGCAACACUGACUUCAUAUAAGAUUUUGAGGAAGUAACUUGAUCAGUGUGGCUUGAGUUUGGAGUGAACAACAAACCAUGUGGAUGCACAGAGCAGCUCCUAAUUUGAUACAUGGUGUGUCUCAUGUUAAUCUAGUUGAUGUCCUCACGGACAUGAUCCAGAGGUGUAGAUAUGUCUUCAAAAGCGACCUUUUAAGCGCAGUCUCUUCUGUGAUUGGUAUAUUUUUUACCUAAUUACCAAGAAAGAAAGCAUAGGAAUCUAUGGCUUCCUUUUGAAGGGACUUUGUAAUUUACCAUUAAUGAUUAACCCGAAGGCACUUGCACAUUGACUUGGUGUUGGAGAUAUCCCAAGGACUAAAUAUUUGUCAAUGUGGCACCACGGUGUGAUCAGAAUCAUAACAGCUUGCUGCAGAACUGUUUAAUUUUGGUGCCUGCACAUUUUUACAAUGCAUAUAAUUAUGUUGAUUGCUUUAGAAAAGAGUCAACGAGAAUAAAUGUACAUAUAAUUGUGAUGUGAUUUGUUUGAUAUUAUGA